GCAAGGGAUGGCCUAAUGUGAUGACGACGACGACGACGACAAGACUUGCUGUACAUACCCGCAGCAUGCUGUCUCGUCGCGCAGACCAUCCGGCUAUCGCGAGUCUGGUGCUUCUGUCCCAAGAGAGUCCCGUCAGAAUGGAGCAAUCAGCAAGUGCAAGCGGCCACUCCCGGCCUCGCUUCCCGGCUGACAAUCCUCGACAGGCUCGCCUCUCUAUGACACCCGUGCGCGAUAUGGAGGUGCCGGCCAGGGAUGGCGACAAACGACAAUCAAUGCCCGAUGCUGACUGGGACGAAAACUCUGUGUUCCGCAUUUUCAUAUUCCCAGACGACCACCUUCUGCGCGGCGGUCCCUCCGAUAAUCGCCGUCAAGGCCAAUCCGCUGAUCAGCCCGCCUCACUUUGUUUCGGCUUGGGCACGGCUCUUGCAGACGUACUGCCCGAGGAAAAGUCCCAGAGCCGCCAAUGCCUAACUGCCGUCGCCGUUGGUGCACACGCGCAAGCCUGGUGGCGAUGCUGAUGCUAUCGCCCAAAGCACGAGGAAAGACGUCUAACCUCGGGUCUUUCGAGAUCGAGAUGCUCAAAGGGAGAAAGCACAGUUCCGUGCUGGCUCUCCCCCACCUCGAUUGGAUGGUUCCAUAUGGCAUAUGGCAGGUCCUUCCUGGUCAAUACGUGAGCGGCUAAGAAAACCUGAUUGGUGCCCGAGCAGCCUCUUCUUCACGAUGCCCGCUCGGAACGGCCUGCAACCCUCACAGUGUAAUGUCCUGCCCGGGUUUUCCGGGGACGGACGUGAACGGCGACGGGACGCCAGCCUCCACCAGCCCAUCC